AUGGGGCCCCCAGGCAAUAGGGGAUCAUGGGGCCCCUGUGUCCUUGCCCAAACUCAAAAAAGCCUACAAAUCACAUGUAAUUUGCGCAGGAAUGCAGUGCGGUUCCUGUGCGAAUCACAUGCGAUGUACCGCACCGCAUUAGUGUGAACUCAGCCUCAGUGAUAAUGGUCAUCAGGACCAGGGGAGGACUGACAACUCAUGGGGCCCCCAGGCAAUAGGGGAUCAUGGGGCCCCUGUGUCCUCGCCCACACCCAAAAAAGCCUAUGAAAAAGCCAAUGAAAGGUACCAGGGGCAUCUCAUGGGGCCCCCUUCUGACCCCGGGCCCUCGGGCAGUGCCCGAGUGCUCGAAUGGUCAUUCCGCCCCUG